GUGCGCCUCGGCGCCCCAGGCCAUGUACUUAUCUUUCCCAAAGUAUCUCCAACAUCUCAUUUCUUCAGUCAACCCCCCCGCUUCCCCAAGCCCAAUCAUGAAACCCACCCGCACCCACAAAAGCUGCUGGACAUGCAAAUCGCGGCGCCGGAAAUGCGACCGCGGACAUCCGACCUGCCUAUCCUGUUCGCAGCGCGGAAUCGUCUGUGAGGGGUAUGGUGUACGGCUGCGGUGGGGGUCGGGGGUUGCGUCGAGGGGUAUCUUUGCCGGACUGGACGUUCCUGUUAAGGAGAUUGAUGUUGGGGGGAUUGAGUUUGGGGACGGGCGUACUGGUGUCGGUGUUAGGGAGUGGAGGAGGGGAAGGAAGAGGGAUUUGGAUAGGGAGAGAGACAGAGCUGCGCUGGCUCAACAGCAACAGCAGCGGGAGAAGAUGGAGACGGUUGCGUCGGGUAGUAAUACUACCGAGGUUGAAACGGACUGUGAGAGUCGAAGGGUGUCUCUAGGCUCGGAUGCGAGUCUGGAUGAGAGAUUAUUCGACGAAUUCUGCUGCAGCGGCAUAAACAUUCUCUGCGGCAAAGCCAACGACCCAGACUGUAUCUUCAGAAACAGCCUUCCCACCCUAUGCCGGCAGUCCGAAGCCCUAUAUCGAAUCUGCCUAGCGCUCCAAGUUUCCGUCUCGCCAUGCCGCAGCGACCGAUUCUUCGAGUACUUUGAUACAGCCCUAAAGCACUUCCGUUCCGAGCUUAACCGCACCGGUACGGCGCAGUUGGCCGAUGGAACGUUUACGGCGGGGUUGCUUCUGUGUACGAUUGGGAUGAUCCGCGGAGCACCCUGGACCAUGCACCUCCAAGGCCUCUACAACGUCCUACUCACAAACGGCCUCACAUCCCUACGCUGGCAACCGACGCCAGUCCGCGCCCAUCUCCUCGAAGUACUAGGGAUAAUGGACCUCCCAAUGCUCACAAUUGGGCGUCAACGUCCAGCGUUUGGCGUUUGGAAACAAUACUGCCGAGAACGAAUCGACCCCGACGGGAUCGAAGUCGUCAGCGGACUGCCAAAGACUAUGCUAGACGUGUUUUCUUGCAUCGACGAGGGAACCGUCGCCGAAGAGGACUUCCGGAACUGGCCUGGGGCACGCGGGAGUCUCGUGGAGUGCCAACUCUGGGAAGCAUAUCGGGCAGCCGGGAUGCUCACUAUUCGAUAUCCAGGGUUGCUACUCGCUUCGUGGGCUCAGCCACAGCGAUGUAAAAACCAACAACCCUCUGGAAUCCACCUCCCAUCAACGGCCAUACUCGUGUCACGAAUUCUAAGCAACAUCGACGCAAUCUGUCGGUUUUCUGCAGGUGAAGAGGGCCAGAAAUCUCUCGUCCUCAACGCAACCCAAUACCCCGUCCUUGUCGCCGGCCUGCAAACAGAGAUCGUGAAUGGGGACUCGGAUCUAAAGCGCGUUAUCACGACAUGUCUGUCUAUAAAUACACGACGGAUUGAGUCAAACCGAUGCUUGCUUGGGAUGAUAGAGGAAUGGUGGCGGUUAGAUGGGACCGGGGAGGUAGCGAGUAGUAGUAUACAUAACAUAGCUGAGAGCCGGGGGGUAGAGCUGGGAUUGUUCUGAUAUAGAUAAUGACUGGAAUGUAUCCAUACUCUGUAAGCGCUUCAGCCGUAUUCAUUGGCAAAUGCUGGUAGUUCCUGCAUGGCAAGCAGCGAUUGGUUCCCUCGUCUAAUCCUCACAGCAAGGCAGAGCGGCGCU